GCACAGGCAGCGGCUGAGGAGCCCCAUUAUAAAACGCGAGGACGAGCUCCGGCGGUGGGGUCACAGCACCGAUCUGGGACGCCGGCUUCGCGGCCUCCCCUGGCCCCGCCUGGACCCCCGCCCGCCCUCAGCCAUGGCUCCUCCAGCUCCAUUGUGGCUGCUCCGCUUGGCUGCCAUCUGCCAUCUGACCAUGCUGAUGGCCGGACAGCACCAUGGAGUGAAGAAAUGCAGUGUCGUAUGCAGUAAGAUGCACCCGGAGAUCAAUGUGGAUUUUCUAGUCAACUAUCAACGAACUGAAGCAUCCUGCAGGAAACCCGCCAUCAUCUUCAAGACCCAACGGAAACUACAGAUCUGUGCUGACCCAAAGGAGCAAUGGGUCCAGAAAGCCAUAGAGCAUCUAGACCACCGGGCUGCUGCUCCAACUCAAAAUGGUGGCACGUUUGAGAAGCAAAUCGGCAUGGGUGAGCCCAGGAGCGCCCCAGCCACCAGUGGAAUGAAUAGGUCCAUGGUCGCAGAGCCCAGAGCCACAGGGAAGAGCAGUAGCCAGGAGGCACAGAGGGCCUCAGUGGCCUCUCCAGAACUGCCAACAGGAGAGGUUGGUUCCCGGGGGACCAGGAACCCCUCCACUUCAAAGGCUGCAGACGGAGGGCCUCCAGUUUGGCCCGAGACAACUGAGCCGUUCAGCACAGCUGAUGUCACCACUGCCAUAUUGUGGCAGAGUUCUGCUGCCUACAGACCUGGGUCGGUUCUCGGGGCUGAAGAAAAAGCCUCUGAGGCUCCCUCCACCCAGACCCUCUCGACCCCAGCCCUUUCUACUGAGGUCUCCUCCACCCAGAACCUGGCCCUUUCCACCCAGGACCCCACCAUUUCACACACAGCCCCAGAAGACAACACAGGGCCUGAAAGCCAACCUGUGUGGACCAAGGGCCAAAAACCCACACCAGAAAACUCUCUAGGGCCAAAGGAGAUGGGUCCCACCUCAGCUCACAUGGAUGCUUUCCCAGGGCUGGGAAGCACACCCCGUGUCCCUGUCUCCUCUGCAGGGGCCCCCAGCAGGGAACCAGUGGCCUCAGGUAGCUGGGGCCCCAAGGCUAAGGAGACCAUCCAUGCCACUGUGGACCCCCAGAAGCUGGGUGUCCUCAUCACUCCUGUCCCUGACUCCCAGGCAGCCACCCGGAGGCAGGCGGUGGGGCUCUUGGCCUUCCUUGGCCUCCUCUUCUGCCUGGGGGUGGCCAUGUUUGCCUACCAGAGCCUCCAGGGCUGCCCCCACAAGCUGUCAGGGGAGAUGGUGGAAGGGCUUCGCUGUGUCCCCCGGAGCUGUGCCAGUAACUCAUAUGUUUUGGUGCCAGUGUGAUCAGCCCACCUGCCUGCAUCUAGCUGUUCAACUCAGACAGCUUCCUGGGGUCCUUCGUCCUCACACUCACCCUUACCCAAGGGCCUGACCCAGACUGGGGUGAUUGGAGCAGGGAGGUGGGACCUUCCAGGUGGGGCUGCUCCCGGCUCCCAGGCCUACCCCAGGAGGUCACUCUUGACCAUUCUUGACCUGCUGGGAACAGAGAUGAUGGCCUCUGCAACUCACUCCAAUGACCCUAAGUCAGAAAACCCUCUUCUGCUGCUGGCUAGUUAGAGGUUCCCUUUGACACAUUCCCAGCCCCAGUGAACAAUUAUUUAUUGAACACCCAGCCCCUCUGGCCCAUGUCCCCAAGAGAGUACCACAGUCAUCCCAUCUCACAGAUGAGCUGCAGGCCAGGCGCCGUCUGCCCGCUCCCCCAGACCUCACUGUGUCUCUUGGUCCCGCUGCAGUUGCCAGUCACCCCGGCCACUUGCGGUGCUAUCUCCCCUGUCCCCUGUACAGAGCCCAUGCCCCAGCCGGGGGACCUACCUUUUUUUGCAUGAGGCUAGUGUGUUUCCUGGGACUGCUCCCAGCAAAGGCUUUGCCCUCGGUUGUCAUGGGAGGGGGUGUGGGAGUUCUCCAGUAGCUUUGACUUCUUUCGCUCCUCAGUCUUUGCUGUGCAAUGGGGAAACAUUAACUGUGUAUGUGAAGGCUGGGGUUCGGGUCCCAGGCCCACCACCAGCCUGACAAGGCAUCUGUAAAGAAGGAUGGUAAAUGUGUGGCAAUAACCUGUAUCCCUGACGUCAUCAUGAAUUUAUCCAGAGACCCAGAGCACAGUCUCACAGCCUUCAGCGGCAGAGCAGCUUAGUCACUCUCUGCCAACCAGUGGGACUGGCACGUCCGUGGACCCUGGACUUGGAGGGCAGUCUCCACUUCCCUCUCAUUGUCCCUGAGAGUGAUCUUUGCCCUCCCCCUGAGCAGUGUCCCAUGGGCUGGGCUUCCCCUGGGUGCGGGUGACAGUCUACUUGGCAAAUAAAUGCCCAGCGGAAGCAAAGGAAACUGGUUCUCAGAGAGAGGGCAGCCAUGCUGCUCUGCCCACCUGCAAAGGGGGGCACAACAGGACUGAAUGCACUUUUUGGGGGCUCCUCCACAUUGGGAGAACCUUCAGGGGGUAGAACACCCAUAUUGGGGCUCCCCUCCCUUGAGAGAAGGCAGCUGGGGCCACUGGUCCCCCUUCCAUAGACUUGAUUAGUUCCCCCAAGCAGGACAUGGACAGGGACAGUUUGGGGGGACUUUGGAAGAAGUUGGUUGAUCCUUUUGCUUUUCCAACCCAAUCACCAAUGUCCAUGCCAUUUUGUAAUUUACUAAUAAAAUUGAAAAGUCUUGUGAAUCGAA